UGCGCAAGUUCCAAGCUCAAGGAAGGGAAGGGAAGGGAAGGGAAGGGAAGCUAUCUCAACUGAAGUCUUGUUUUUCACAGCUCUCUCUGUCUUUAUAAUCCCCAUCGGUCCCUUCUUCCCAUGGAAGAAUCUCUCUCUCUCUCUCUCUCUCUCUCUUCCAUCUCUCUGCGGUGCGUCCUGAUGAGCAUAAAUAAGCUCUCGCUAUCUCCAUUCUUUUGACCUCCCCGUCGCCUUCUUCACCACCUUCUUCUUCAAUAAAAUCUGAACCAGCUUUCGAAGAAAAGAAGCUAUAUAUGGAGGUCGGAACGGUAAAUGACAGGCUACCUGCUUCUUCCCAGGUCCUCGACUCUCUCUGGAUCUCCAAAUCUCACCCUUCCUUCCACGGCGACUCCUUUUCAUGUUCAUUGUCCAUGGUCAAGUCCGAAGAUGUCAGAGGGGCAAGCCCCACCUCGGACCUGCCAUUUUUCUCGGCGCUCGAGAAAGAAGAAAGCGGCAAUGAGGACUACGACGGGUGCUUCCACCAACCGGGGAAGAAAAGGCGGCUAACCGCCGAUCAAGUUCAGUUUCUGGAGAAAAAUUUUGAGGUAGAAAAUAAGCUUGAACCAGAGAGGAAAGUCCUGCUCGCCAAGGAACUGGGCUUGCAGCCCCGCCAAGUCGCCAUCUGGUUCCAGAACCGGCGAGCCCGGUUCAAGACCAAGCAGCUGGAGAAGGACUAUGACUCUCUCAAGGGAAGCUUUGAUAGGCUCAAGGCUGACUACGAAAACCUCCUCAAGGAGAAGGAAAGAUUGCGAAAUCAGGUUGAGGCGCUCAGAGAGAAGCUGCUUCUGAGAGAAGAUCAGAGCCGAAUUUCAGAACUUGCCGGUUUAAUCAAACCGGUGGUUGCAGAGGCCCAGAAGCAAAUGCCCAAUUCAGCAGGUUCUGGGCAUAUUAUAGCCAAGCAGGAAGAUGCAAAUUCAUCAGCCAAGAGUGAUGUUUUCGAUUCAGAGAGCCCGCAUUCUUCAACCCUGGAGCCGGCGAACUCUUCCCAUGGCUUCGGACCCGAGCAAUCGAACGUCGACGAAAACGAGCUCGGCCGGGGGCUUUUGCCGUCGCCGUGCUUCCCCAAGCUUGAAGAAGAAGAAGAAGAAGAAGAAGACGAAGAGGAAAGCCUGGCUGCAAAUUGCUCCGGCUGGAGCUUCCCGGUUGAAGGUCAGCCUUCUUGGUUGUGGCCUUACUGAAUUAGCUGCUUCCAGGCCAUAGAUAGGACUCGAACUAAUUAAUCUCUUAAUCAGCCCAUGCAACUUCAUGUGUUCUGUUGUAAUUAAUGUUUCGAUGCAAUAAGAUACUGUUCCCUGUCCCUCGUUUCCAGCUUUA